AUGAAGGGCUUCAAUGUCUUCAUUCUCUCCUUCGUGACGGCCUCAGGUGCUGUUGAUCAAGCGCAGAAUUGGGAGGAAUUGGAUGCAACCACUCGCAGUACCAUCAAGUCUGAAUAUGCCGCUGCUGGUAUCAAGUUGAUGGUGUCUGCGUUUGGCUCCACCGAAACCCCAACUUCUUCCGGGGACGACCCCACGGACACAGCGAACACGAUUGCUGCCUGGGUGCAGCAGUAUGACCUCGAUGGAAUCGAUGUGGACUAUGAGGACUUCACCGCUAUGAAUGCCCAGGAUGGUAGUGCGGAAGCCUGGUUGACGACAUUCACCCAGGCCCUGAGGGCUCAGCUGCCCGCCGGCCAGUAUCUCCUUACACACGCGCCUGUCGCGCCGUGGUUCUGUGGUACUGCCAAGUACUCUUCAGGAGCUUACGUCACCGUCAACAACAAUGUCGGCUCUCUGAUCGACUGGUACAAUGUUCAGUUUUACAAUCAGGGAACGUCGGAAUAUACGACUUGUGCAGGUUUGCUGACACAGUCCAGCACGUCCUGGCCAAACUCGGCGCUUUUCCAGAUCAACACGAACGGAGGCGUCGCGUUAAAUAAGCUGAUCAUAGGCAAACCAGCCAACACUGCUGACGCGUCCAAUGGUUACAUGGACACGACCAUCUUAGCUGGAUGCGUGCAGCAGGCACAGAGUAUGGGCUGGAGCGGUGGUGUUAUGACGUGGGAGUACCCCGAUGCGGCUAGCCCUUGGAUAGAAGCUGUACGUGCAGAUUCAUGGCCCGUGAGCGGUAGCCCGCCUCCGCCUGCCACGACUACAAGCGGAGGGGCUAUGCCUACGUCAUCAGCAUCUGGAGGUAUUUGUUCGGGUAUCUCGGCUUGGUCAAGUGGUGUCGCGUAUGUCGGGGGUAACCAGGUUGGUUUUCUUCCUUCUUCGUCCUCUUCUCUGGCUGAUGAUGUAACAGGUUACAUACAACGGCGACCUUUGGACGGCCAAAUGGUGGACUGA